AUGGUGAUGAAGAACGAACAGGAAGAGUUGGCGCAGAUUAUGAUCGAUACAAAUUUGAAUUUGGCCAUCAUGUUGAAUCGUGGAAUAUAUGCACGGUCUUCACAAGUUGCAAACGCUCUUUUGGAAAACUUUUCUAGAGACUCAAAUGUAAUAUGCCCCGUUUUUGGUGUUAUCAGUGUGGGUGAUUUAAGCUCGAAUUUGGCAAAGGUAGCAACAAAAAUAAACCCAUUUGUUCAUGCAGGGUCUUUCAUAGCUGAUGACCUACAUGCCGUUCUUAUUACAGGAAUAUAUGUUGUAUUCCUUAACCCAUUACGUAUAAGCGUCGAAAUAAAAAAUUCAUAUGGAAAAAAGUGGGGUAACAACGGAUGUACUUGGAUCGCUUCUGGAGUCUUGGAAGAGAUUGGUGUACCUUACAUGGGUUCUUGUGAUACCAGGAGAAAAAAAGUUUCGACCUCAGAAAGAAUUGUUCAAACUGCACAUAAAAUUUGCAAGCGACCUUUUUGUAUUAGGCUACCAAAUUGGAGAGCCCCGUUGUCUCACUCUGGCCAGACUAUGUUGUCUAAACCGGGCUCAUGCUAGCUUUAGAGUUUGGCUUGGGCGUUCCCCCGGAAACCAUACCGCCGGCUGCCACUUGACAGUUGUUGUGCCACCACAAGAGCAGAACUCUUUGGCGUAACACAUGGUGGGACGAAAACCCGGAUGGGCUCAGGAUAUAGCCUGACACCUUUGUACAUAACUUGGCGUCUAUAUAUACUAGGGUUGUGUAAACAACAUUCUUUUAGUUUGUUGCGUUCUUGUAUCAACUUUUGUAAUAUUUU